CGGUCUCUUUUUAUUAUUUUUUUUUUUAUUCCUUUUUCGUCUCGGGGCUUUCGGCUUACAGGAAAGGAAAGCAUCUGAUGCGUCUGCUCACAUGCCACUUUUAAUCAUACGUUGCCUCUUUGCACAGAGCAGGAUCGUUGGGGAAGAUGGAGAUACAAUAAGUUGUUAGUAGUGAAAAGUGCUGCAGAAAUCCAUUGGUUUCCUCUCUCCACUGAAGUUUUGCGAAGAGCGGCGAUGAAGAGGAAGCUGGCACUCUCCGAGAUGCAGUUGGUUCUUCUCGUUUUAUUGGUGUGGCUACCAACAAGAUCAGUGCUGGCUGACUCCCUGGAAGACGAAGCUAAGAAUAACAUCACCAUCUUUACAAGAAUUCUAGACAGACUUCUGGAUGGUUAUGAUAAUCGUCUCAGACCUGGAUUAGGAGAUAGUAUUACUGAAGUCUUCACUAAUAUCUAUGUGACCAGUUUUGGACCUGUUUCAGAUACGGAUAUGGAGUACACAAUAGAUGUUUUCUUCCGUCAGAGAUGGAAGGAUGAGAGAUUAAAGUUUAAGGGCCCAAUGAACAUUCUUCGAUUGAACAACUUAAUGGCCAGCAAAAUCUGGACCCCAGAUACAUUUUUUCACAAUGGGAAGAAAUCAGUGGCUCAUAAUAUGACAAUGCCAAACAAGCUUCUACGAAUCCAAGAUGAUGGAACUCUCUUAUACACCAUGAGGCUUACGGUCCAAGCUGAAUGCCCAAUGCACUUAGAGGACUUCCCUAUGGAUGCUCACUCAUGCCCACUUAAAUUUGGCAGCUAUGCAUACACAACUUCAGAAGUGACAUACAUUUGGACUUACAAUGCUUCAGAUUCAGUACAAGUGGCACCAGAUGGAUCAAGAUUGAAUCAGUAUGAUCUUUUAGGCCAAACAAUUGGAAAAGAGACUGUUAAAUCAAGUACAGGUGAAUAUACGGUAAUGACGGCUCAUUUCCACUUGAAGAGAAAAAUUGGUUAUUUUGUGAUUCAGACUUACCUUCCCUGUAUCAUGACUGUCAUUCUCUCUCAAGUGUCAUUCUGGCUGAACAGAGAAUCUGUACCUGCCAGGACAGUCUUUGGAGUAACAACUGUGUUGACAAUGACAACACUGAGCAUCAGCGCUCGAAAUUCACUCCCCAAAGUUGCAUAUGCAACAGCUAUGGAUUGGUUUAUUGCUGUUUGUUAUGCAUUUGUAUUCUCUGCAUUAAUUGAAUUUGCAACUGUAAAUUAUUUCACAAAACGAGGAUGGGCCUGGGAUGGAAAAAGUGUAGUGAAUGAUAAGAAAAAAGAAAAAGCAUCAGUCAUUAAGAAAAACAAUGCCUAUGCAGUGGCUGUUGCCAACUAUGCUCCAAAUAUUACCAAGGACUCAGUGCUACCAACCAUCUCCAAGAGUGCUACAACCGCAGAACCCAACAAGGCAAAGCCAGAAGCGAAGCCACAGGAAGCAAAGAAGACAUUCAACAGUGUUAGCAAAAUUGACAGGAUGUCUAGAAUAGUGUUUCCAGUCUUAUUUGGUACUUUUAAUUUAGUGUAUUGGGCUACAUAUUUAAACAGGGAGCCUGUCUUACUUGGUUUUGCACCAUCAACCUAAAUGCUGAACUGCACUGAGGACUUAAAGCAUCGUUCUAAUCAGAUAGGUUGUUUGCUAUGUACAGUACAACUAAUAACUGCUAAUCUGUGAACCAUUAUGUACAGAGUGUAUAUAGAUGUCUUGUCUGUGUAUCUCCAAAGGAGGGACACAGUGUUAGUUCAUGGGUCUGUAAACAGAUAGCACCCAUGGCAAAUAUAGCCAGCUCUUUAAAAGUUAUACCCAGGGGAGUUCUGUUAAACUAGGAUUCAAAUAUACAGAAUUAUAUUCUCUCCGUACAAUUAAAUGAAGAUAUGAUCCUACAUAAUUAUUUAGGAACAGUAUUUUUUUAAUUUAAAGUUAAAAUAUUUUUCUAGAAAGUAACGAGUUCUACUUUAAUGAAAGAAAUUGUCAUUUAAAAAUGUUUUUUUUUUUUUUUUUAAAAGGUGUAAUUGUUUCAUACCGUAGCAGUACCUGUGUACAUAACAGAGUAUAGAAGUUGUACGGUUCUACUGUUCACAAACAUUCUGGAUGCUAGUUAGGCUGAAGAGGUAGUAAAGACUACUGUAUGGCAAAAGUCACAAGUUUCUUACUUUUGUCCUGUUUGAAGUUGUUAAUAAACUCUUCUAAUUGAUUUCAGGGAAAAGCAAGUGUCUAUUGAAUUUCUAAUAUCAACCAACUUCUGCUAGUGAAACUAUUACUCUUUUCACCAUUUUAUCUAUCUGAUGUUUCUAAUCCAGGUUGUCUGGUUCAUCAAAGUUUGAUUUUUUUCUUACUUUUACUUUUGUUCUUAAGUGGAUUAUUUUCAGGUUCAUAAAAGCACUCAAAUUUUUCAGGAUUAAUUGUAACAGCAAUAUAAUAGAGUUUGGUUUUUUUUUCCUUAAUGUUUCCCUAAAACCUGCCAUUAAAAUAUUUACCCAUUUAUGUCUCAUAAAACAUUGUUUUCAAGGGAAACAGGAACCAUGAUUUCAGUUCAGGAAGUUGUCCAUAUAAUAAAAUUUACUGCUGCUUUUGUAAAUUGCAACUUUACAUUUCGCUGACAUAACUUUACAACAACUUUGUAUACUAGAAAUGGUUUUGCUAAGAUUUGAAUGUUAUUUUUUUAAUAAAAUGUCAUGCAUCAUCAGUAGAUAUCAACUGUAGUUCAUAUACACAAAUAUAAUGAGAUUGGAGCUGCCAUUUUCAAUUUUAUAUGAACAUUUAAUACUGAUCAGUAAAACUGUUUUUCAUCUGAGCCUUUACAAAGAUUCUUUACACCCCUAAAGGCCUGGUAAAUCAUAACAUAAGUAAUAAUUGUUACUGUAUUUAGAUUUUAGUAUACUUGGCCAAUCAAAAAUAUUUUGAUUCACACAUACAUUAGCAGUUAUUAGUUGAUCUUUAAAAAAAAGAUACACCUUUAUGAUGAUGUCUUCUAGUAGAGACAUAUGUGGUCGUAUAGUGUCAUUUCUUGCAGUUUUGUACAGUACUUGAGUAUAGUGCAUAAAAUAGGUAUGUUCAGAGUUUAACAAAGUUGUACAAAUAUUUCUAAAAUAAAAUAAAAGAGUAUCUUAAGAUAUGGAAAUGUGCUAAAAACAACAAAGAGAAACACUGCUUUAAUUUGCUGUUUUAUUUCCUUGCUUUUUCUUUGCUUUUAAUGUGAUUCCGUUUUGUACUUUGUGUGACAGUAUAGAUGCCAAGGUCACAAAUGCAUAUUGUGAAUAGAGUUAAUAGAUAAGACAGAGUUGACAUCAGUAAAAUAAAGAUCUCACAAAUUAUAAAUAAAAGGGAGAAGCAUGGACGAAGUGUGUAUCCCUUGAAAUCCUUCUAAUUAAAUUGUCAGAUUAAACCUUUCUCAUCAAGAGUAGUUAAAAAAUGAGCACUUUACUCAGAACAUGAAAAUUAUAAUGUCCUUAUUUUCAUAUAUAUUUAUAUAUAAAUGUAGAUCUUCCAUGUAACAUGGAUGAGUGCAAUAUGUGAUUAUGAGCAUAAGGCUGGAAGGCAAGCAAUAAAAAAAGGAUUUUUCAUGGUAUAAUUAUACAUUUUUUAAAUAUUUAAUUUGUAAAUUUUAAAUUAUCCCUUUAAUGUCACAUUGUCCAGGUAUGAAUAAAUAUAUACAUAUGUACAUAUGUACAAAUAAUUGUAAAUAUUAGAACUGUAGAAAAAUCCCUUCGCUUUUCACUAUGUUUUUGGCAAAGGGCUCUGACUGUAUAGUUUGAUGGAGGCCCAUGCUUAACUGCUCUUGAACCUGAGUGGCUUGAUUAUGUUUUCUGUGGCUGAGCUCUCCUUCCUGUGACCUAGUGGGAGUUCUUACCCUCUGUUUACAUCAACAAGAUAUAGGGAUUCUCCAAACCUCACUGGAUUGGGGCAUGAGAAACAGAGGUUUGAGUUUCACCCUUGGCAAUAUCCCAGGCACUACAAACCCUUCACAAUGUUUAAACAGUGUUGUGUAUUGCUCCAUGACACUAUACAGUCAGAACUCUCCCGACUACAAACACGAGUGUGCUCAGAGGCAUGUUGGACUACCUGAUAAGGAAGGAUUUUGCAUCCUUAUCCAAGACCAGAACCUCAAAUGUCUUUAACAGUGCAAGUCUUCUCCAACAAGAUUUCUUCUCUGGAUGACAACUUCUUUGUAAUUUGGAGCUGCAUGCAAAAAUUGUAUCUUAAGUUUGCACAAGAAGCCUAAUGCUGUCUCAUGUUAGUCAGCUCUGCUGCUGCUGCUUUUGUUGGGUACAAUUAUUUUUUCAUUCACUGACCAUUUUCCUUAUGGCUGUGUUAUGCUUAAUAGUUGGUCAGAUGAAAAAACAGGUGUUUAUCACAUCCUAAAGAUACAUUUAUUGCACACGAAUACAGGAAAAUAUAUAUAGUAUAUAAAUUAACUCAGUGAAAAAGAAUACAUUUUAAAUAUCCACAUGCUGUUCUUGUGGCCUUCAGUGAGGCUUUUGAGUGCAUACACCAGAAAAGUUUCACUUUUACAUCUAGUUCAGUUGUACUGUGCUAAAGCAAAGAACACAGUGGGAGAAAGGGGUCUGCUUUAUUGUUUCAUUUAUGGUGAGUAAACUGACUACAUAUGAGUAAUAUUUGUAAAUUUGUAAGACUAACAACAGGAGAAGUGAAUUUGAAUGUAAACCUUUAAGUGAAUGCAAGCAUCAUGCAAGGAACAUCAAAAGACAACAGUUAGGCCUUCUUUCCAUUUAGCAGUAUAGAAUCUGUGGCUGGGAUUUUAAAGCUGGUCUUACAAAUUUAUAUGCCAAAUACUUGGAACUCUCAUUUAAUUUGAGUAAAAUUUGCUGGUUUUAAAUGCUUAAAGCAGGUAGAGAGCGCAUGAGCAACCAAACACAAGUUUUUUCACUAUCAAAGAAUUGUACAUGGAAUCCAUUAGUGACAAUUAUGGUUGACAUGUUAAUCUAAUUUAUUUUUCUCAUUAUUCUUCAGUCAGGGUGUCAUAUGUGACAAGAAAUUAAUACAAUAAGUAUGAUAUAACACUGUGGUAAACUUGGAUUUGAAUGAGGUUUAUUGAAUAUGUUUGCAAUGUAGUACUGGGGCACGUACUUCUGGAUCCAUGCAGAUAGUAAUUUAUAAAACAGCAUGAAGGAUAUAGAGAUUAGUAGGAUUUAUCAGCCAGGGUUGUCUGCUGGAGACUUCUUAACCAAUUGCUUUCAAAAGGGUGGCUUGCAAACUUCUCAAUUAUGUUUUAGCCAACGAAAUUACCUUCAUCUUCCAUAUGGGGGUUAAUUCAACUUGUAACAGCUGCGUUGCUGAGCAUCUUUGAAAAGAUUAUUAUGGUAGAUGUUCUGAGAGAGGAGCUUUACCUUGGGAGACUACUCAUAUCACUGAACAUUAUGCUAAAUUAAGGAGCUAAUCUGCCUGUAGAAUCACAGGAUGAAAGAGUUUCACUAGACACCAAACAGGAGCCUUAGUGAAUCACCCUCUCUUCUCAGUGAUUAGAUUACAGAGAACAUAAGGGGUGAUGAGACUUUUAAAAAGUGGAGUGACCAUAAACUGUCUACAUGAAAGCAAGCAGAAGCAGCUGGGAGGAGGUAGGGAGGUAUGGGGGAGGAAAGAGGGAAAGAGAAGAAGCAAAUGUCUUUAUUACUGUGCCGUUGAAUUGUGAGAGGAUUGAGGAAGAAGCAGUUGAAAGAGGUGACAUGUAAUUUUGUUUCAACUUAAGUUGUGAGCCUUCAUUGCCAUGUGGAGUUGUGGGAAAGUAACUUUUAGAGCAUAUGAAAUUGAAAUACUUCUUGUAUAAUUCUGCUGAGCUUGAGGGACUUGAGUUGUGCCUUUGAAACUGAGAGAUUUCUGCUAACUGCUUUGUGAAAACCAUGCAAUGUUGUGUGCUUCAUCCCACAUGGGACGUCUAGGGUGGAGGGGGAAAAGAAGCUUCAGGAAUGAAGUAGAGCUAGUUAAUUCUGGUUCCAUUUUCUUAAGGGAUGUGACUUUCACUUAAUUACAGAUAGUCAGCAUCCAUACUCCAUACCUCUCAUUCCUAUUCUGAAAGCUUAGUGGUACACAAGAUUUUUGUCUUGGCCUUUCACAAAACAGAUCAAGUCUGUGCUUCUUAACAAUUCCAUUCCUAACACUUUGCAUGAAAGAUGUUUUCAGUAUGCAUAUGAAGCUGUCUAUACCCCAUCAUGUGUAGAUACAGAAUGCUAAGAUUUAGAAAACAAUGCAAUGAGAUUUAAAGCAGAGGAAGGGAACAUUUUUAAAUGAGCCAAAAAAGUUUGAUAGCUUAAGUUAAAAAAAAGAGCAUGAUAAAUGUACAAGUGUCUAAACAAAUCUAAAUAGAAUCUCUGAUUGUGGUAUAAUUUGAUGUCAUAUAUAAAGUUUUUGUCUUUAAGACUUUGAAAUGUUAAAGUAAUUAAGUGACUUUAUGUUAAAAUCAGCUCACGCUUCAGCCUCCAGUAAAAGGAGUGGUUCUUCAGAAAGCAGAGCUUUAGAAUCCUUUCCAUCUCUUCCCAAUGACAGUGUGCCUUGUGUUAGAAUGCUGACAGCUUGCAAUAUAACUUUAAGUAUCUCUUUAACAUUACCCUAUUUUAAUUUUUUUUUUUUAAUCAAGGAAACCUCCUCUGCUUCAUUUCUGUAGAAAAUUGAAACUUCUAAACAACGAAAACUAUUAAUUCUAUUCUGAAUCCAAUUUUUAAUUCCAGCCAUGGCAGAAUGAGAGAGGCUUUAUCACUUUGGACCUUCGGUAGCAGAAGCUAAAGGCUCAAAAGAUUGUUUCAAUGAAUGGCAGAUUUUAAUCACAUAAAAAGUUUGUUUUCCUCUACUUUAAACCAUUUACUCUUCUAGAUUCAGAUCUCUCUAGAUGAAUCUUUAAACUCAUCUUUUGAAGUCUGUGAUUACAUGUUACUGGAAGAGGCUAAACUUGGAAGGUUUGACCUCUCUGACUGAGAUCAGGGCAAAAAUUGCACUGAAUUUGAAAUAAAUCUGAUUAGCAUCCUCAGGAUAUUUGUCUAUGUCACUGAAGUCCGUAAAGUUCUUUUUCCAUAAGGGGAGUACACCUGGGAGUACACCUAGGCUCUCCUUUGCAUAGAGGUGCUUAGUUCUUUAAUCCAUGAAAAUAAGCUAUUAAAAGAAGAGCCAACUAUACUGAAAUACUGGACUUUAUGUCUGUUUCCUUCUCGGUAUAUAUCAAUGAGUUUUAAGAAAAUUGUGAAAGACCUAUGAGUUAGGAGUAGGUGAUAACACAAAAAGGAAUUUGGAGGAUGUUUUAAAAUAUGCAAGAUUAUGUAUACUCUUCCUCUAGUGUUAGUGUCUACAUAAAUAUAUAUGAAUAUAUUUUUAUUGAUGGAUAAUUUAAAAGUUAUAUUUUCCUUUCAAAUUUUAAUUCUUAUAUAAUGUUGUGAAUACUUCACUUGUUCAAGUGGCCUGGAGCGUGUCUUUAUGUAUUCAAGGUUUUUAAUGAUUGCAUUGAGUGCUUUCAUUCAUCUGGUAUUCAAAGAGGUGAGCUUCAACAGGUUGAAGUCAUAUAUCUGUUUUCCAGUACUUCAUCCGUCUAUCGAUGCUGUCGAGGAUGGAUAGAAAUAGAGAAUGGAACAAGAUUUCGCUUUAAUCAACUGCUUUUGUAUUCCUUAUUGGUUGUUCAUUUUGGCUGAAUUUAUCAGUUUAUAGGCUAGUGUAGCUUAGCAUUAGCACGGAAUGCAAUGUAAUAUUUUACAUCUAUUAGAAUACAUAUGUACAAUAUGCACCGUAUCUAUAAACUGUUAAAAUAUCAGUUCCUAAAUAGCACCCCUUCACCUUCUCCCCUCCAAAUAUUCACUUGAUUAGGAAACAUUUGAAGGCACUUUAAUUUUAAUGGAAAUGAUUACACAAGAUCUUGUUAUACUUGAUUUUAAAAAAUAGUAAAUAUAAUGUGGAGUCUGAUUUAUGCAUUGUUAACAAUUUCUCAGCUGAGCAGGAGUCAGAGAGCAUUUAUGCAUUGUGUGAAAAAUCUGCUUAAAUGAGUCACUUAAGCAUGAAAAUGUAUAGGAGUUUGAAAAUAGAUGCUUCCAGUAUAUUAACAAGAAAUAACAAAACAGGAAGAAUGGAACCAAUAAUUUUAAAGAAAAUUAAACACCAAACAAAUAUUCACAGUAAGAAACUGCAUGAUAAAUGUACGUAUACUUAACCUUGAACAUCAACGUCAUAUAAAAUCUUCUGGGUGACAGUUCACUUAUUUAGUAGGUUUCAUAGUUAUAAAUAAUUAAAAAGGAUGAUAACAUUCUGUAAUUUGUGACCUUGUUUUAACUGGAAAAAGUUGUUACUUUUCUAAAAUGUAAAAAAAAAAUUACUGGAUUUAUGUUUGAACGUGUCUCUGCUUGCUGUUGAAGAAUAUUUAUUAACCACAUGCAAAAUAUUGCUUAACAUUAUCUUUUUGUACUUCUUAUUAAAGUUAAUUUAAAUA